CAACCACCAGAAACCCUAUUGAGAGAAGAGCAGCGAGAGAGCUAGCUAGCUCAUUCCUUGCAUCAAAAGAGCUCUCUUGUAGCUGAAGGACAAUGGCAACAGCAAAAUCUGUGAAGGACGUGUCUCCUCAUGAGUUCGUCAAGGCUUACUCUGCUCACCUCAAAAGAUCUGGCAAGAUUGAGUUGCCACUAUGGACUGAUAUUGUGAAGACUGGUAAAUUUAAGGAGCUUGCACCAUAUGAUCCUGAUUGGUACUAUGUCAGAGCUGCCUCCAUGGCAAGGAAGAUUUACAUUAGGGGAGGCCUUGGCGUGGGUGCUUUCCGUAGGAUAUAUGGUGGUAGCAAGAGGAAUGGAAGUCGUCCACCUCAUUUCUGCAAGAGCAGUGGUUCUAUUGCUCGUCACAUCCUUCAACAAUUGCAGAAUGUGAACAUUAUCGAUAUUGACCCCAAGGGUGGGAGGAGAAUCACUUCAAGUGGUCAACGGGAUCUUGACCAAGUUGCUGGACGCAUUGUGGUAGCCCCAUGAUCAUCAAAUGUUGAGCUAUGUUACAACUGUCUUACUCUAGGUUUCAGUUUUAAUCCUGUGGAGAGAUGUGACUGCAGCGACAAGAUUAUAUGCUAUGGCAUUUUUGGUCCCAACUGUGAAUGUUUUUGAUGUGAAGAUGGUUUUUGAUAUGUUGCAUUUCAAUGAUUAGGUAUUUUUUUGUCUU